UGUCCUUUGAAGAGGUAACAUCACAAGUAAGCGAUACACUUUCGGCUAAGGUGAUUCAGCUCGUGAUAUUCUACAAACAGAUAAAGUAAGAUAUCUGAAACUAAGCACGAUGUUCCUAAAAUUGUCAAUAAAUAUUUUAUUAUACAUCCUUGUAAUUACAUUAGCUUAUUCUAAUAAAAACGCGAGCGUUCUGACAUCGUAUCAUUAUGACUUGAAGAUAUCACUGAUGCCAGAUUAUGUGUCUCAUGGAGAAGCCAAUAUUACUGUUGAUAUUCAUAGCCCAGGAUUCAUACGUUUACGUACAUCAAAUUAUAUAAAUGUAACAGAAAUAUAUUUAAUAUUGGACGACAAUAAAAUAAUCAAUGCACUUACUUUUAUUACCUCGAAGACUAUUCUCGUUUUAAAUUUUGCCCGCGACAAUUUGCUAAAAAAUAACUUGAAACUGGGACUUUAUACUCUAUAUGUUAAUUUUUUAUACUCAAAAACUGACAAAAUUUGGCAAACAUGGUAUACAGACGAGGAAGAAGAUAAAAAGUUUAUCGCAACAUUGUUCCAGCCCAGAAAAGGACGACCAUUAUUCCCAAAUUUUAACACAUCUGAUUUCGUCACCUUUACCAUCUCAGUAGAACAUGAUAGACGAUACCAAGUUUUAUCGAAUAUGCCGAUAAAAAAUCAAUUUGUAUCUAAUAACGUGACGCUUACGCAUUUCCACAUGUGGCCUUAUACAUAUAUUUACGAAGUAGCAUUAAUUCUGAUGUCUAAUAUGACACCUUCGAAUCCCAUCACAUAUAAAUCUCAUCUCAUUCCUUUUUCGAAAAUAACGAUCAAUACGUGGAGCAGAUCGCUUUUGGUACCACACAUAAAAUUUGCGCGACAUGUUCUCGAAAAUGUAACCAUGUAUUUAGAUGACAAUUGGAAUAUAAUGAGAAAAGGCCCUAAAGUGGAUUUUGUUGUUAUUCCGAAUUUCGAGGGCAAUAUCAGGCAGACUUGGGGAUUGCUAAUUUACAAUGAAACAUAUAUUACCUACAAUGAAGAAUUAUAUCCUGCCUAUAAAGGUACAGCAAUACGCUCAAUAGCUCAUGAAAUAAUAUAUCAAUGGUUCAAAAGUUUGGUCCAUGCUUGGUAUACUCACCGGUUGUUAUAUGAGGGCUUCAUUAAGUUCAUCGAAGCAUAUAUCAUUGGGAAGGUUUUUCCAAACUCUGGAAUGAUGAACUUGUUUAUAAUUCAAGAUCAGCAUGAAUAUCGUUAUAUGGAUAUAUACUUUCCUACUGAUAUUAAUGAAGUAUUUACAAAUAGCACGUUUCAAAUUAAUUCACUUUCUAUUCGUCAACGUAUUAUAGGACCCAUUAUAUGGCGCAUGUUAGAAAGUAUAAUACCCAAUAAUGCGUUUUGGGAGUGUAUGAAUUCAUUUCUAAAGACGAGGACGAUUUACCGUAAUUCGAAAAUGCCUUCUAAUCUAUUAUUAUGGAAUAUUAUGCGAACCAUAGAUGCAUCAGCAAUUAAAAAUGACAAAAUAAACGUAAAACAAAUGAUGGAUGUUUGGGUUAAUCAGAAGUACUGUCCUGUGUUAAAUGCGAUACGAGAUUACAAUGGUGCUUAUGUAAAUAUAUCGAUAGACGAAAAACAACGUUCCGAUCAAACAACCUUUCUUAUACCCAUCUCCUAUACUAUGCAAAUAAACAUCGAUUUCAACAGAAAAUCGUCAACUAUUGAUCAUUAUUUAACGGAAUCAAAUCCCGAGUUGAAAAUACCCAUUAUAAAUGAAACUCAAUGGCUAAUUAUCGAUAAACAACAAAUUGGAUACUAUCGCGUCAAUUAUGAUUUGGAGAAUUGGCGAAGAAUUGCACGUUAUUUACAUUCUGAAAACUAUACUAAUAUACAUGUUCUCAAUCGAGCGCAACUUAUCGAUGACGCGUUUCAUUUCAUGAUGGAGGAAAAACUGGAUUUCUCUACAUUCUGGUAUCUUGCGAGCUAUUUACCGAGAAGAGAGAAAGAUUAUAUAGCAUGGUACCCUAUGAUCAAAGCUUUUGAAUAUUUGUCGAACUUUUUUGCAUUUAUGAAUGUAGAUGAGAAGAAUAUUGAACCAAUAUUUCAGAAAGUAAUGGUGAAAUUAGAAAGGAUGUUAGAAUACAUGAUGGAGGAUGCAUAUAUAUAUUUAUUUAAAUACGAGGAUAUACACAAUCAAAUGAAACUCGUCGAUGACAAUUUUAAUAAGUAUUUAAAACAGGAGCUCAGAAAAUGGGGAUGUGUUAUCAAUAAUGAGUUUUGCCUAAAAAUGGCCAAAAAAAAAUUGGAAUUGUAUGUAAAAAAUUCUACAUUAAAUAAAAUUUUGCCUGAAUGGCAAGAAUGGACAUAUUGUAAUGGAUUAAAGACAGCGAACCGUGAUAUGUGGAUGAUUAUAUACAAUAUGUCAUCUAGUAUGUACAAGGAAAAAUCCGAUUAUAAAAGAUUGAUAUACCUGAGUUGUUCUGAAAAUCCUGACCUUAUCUUUAAUUUACUUUGGGAUAUAAUACCGGCAUUUGAAACGGAAAUGUUAAAAGAUAAUGACCAUAAAAUGCUUGCACAUGAAAAUGAGCGUAAAGUUUAUACUUUAACUACAUAUAUGUACCUUUCUACUCUUGCGAGACAUGCUAAGAACACUCCAGUACUUGAAGCUAUAUUGAACAAUUAUGUAUAUAUAAAACACAGUCAAAUCAGUACAGAGGUGAUAUUAAAUGUGCUUAUUAAUAAUGCGUACUCUAAGGAACAAUUAUUCGACAAGAUAAUGAAAUUUGUGAAUACCAAGAUGCCACUCUCAGAUUAUAAAGAUGAUAUAAAACAGAAGACAAUUAUUGAACAAAAGAUAAUAACGCGGUCUGAUAAAGUGUUCGUCCAGUCACGCUUUUUUCACAAUUUGUUCAAAUGAGAAUUUAUAAAUGAGAAGUUCAAUACGUCUAUUUAAACUGACAUGGAUAAUAAUAAUAUA